CUGAAACUGCCCCUCCACACCAAACCUGGGAAUAGUGAGUUAAAGUUCCGCUCACAAUCACAGCACGAUGGAGGCUACAGUUAUUCCACUUCCCCUGCCUGCCCUUCCCGAGGGAUGGGAGGCCGAGAACAACUUCAAGGCGAUCGGAAAGAUCACCAGGGAGGGCGCGACCGAGCGCACGUUGGAGCCAGUCGGGCCCUACUUCCUCGCCCAUGCGCGCCGUGCCCGCCACAAGCGCACCUUUUCCGAAGAUGACCGGAUACAGGCUCAGGAACGCGCCAAGAAGGUCGAGGAAAACGAAGAGAGCGAGAUCAGCGAACCCGAGGAUCCAUUGAUGCUGCAGCGUGACGCCAAGGACUGGAAGACGCAGGACCACUACAAGGUGCUGGGUCUGUCCAAGUACCGCUGGAGAGCCACCGAGGAGCAGAUCAAGCGCGCCCACCGCAAGAAGGUGCUGAAGCACCACCCCGACAAGAAGGCUGCUGCCGGCCGCGCCGACGAUGACAACUUCUUCAAGUGCAUCCAGAAGGCCACCGAGAUCCUGCUCGACCCCGUGAAGCGCCGCCAGUAUGACUCGGUGGACGAGGAAGCCAACGUGCCGCCGCCGACCAAGAAGCAGCUGGCCAAGGGUAACUACUACAAGCUGUGGGGCAACGUCUUCAAGUCCGAGGCCCGCUUCAGCAAGGUGCACCCGGUGCCGUCGUUCGGCGACGAGAACUCGACCAAGGAGGAGGUUGAGAACUUUUACAACUUCUGGUACAACUUUGACAGCUGGCGCACGUUUGAAUACCUGGACGAGGACGUACCGGACGACAACGAGAACCGCGACCAGAAGCGGCACAUGGAGCGCAAGAACGCCAACGCGCGCAAGAAGAAGAAGGCCGAGGACAACGCGCGCUUGCGCAAGCUGCUCGACGAGUGCUCUGCCGGCGACGAGCGCAUCAAGCGCUUCCGCCAGGAGGCCAACGCGGCCAAGAAUAAGAAGCGCCUCGAGCGGGAGGCGGCCGAGAAGAAGGCGGCCGAGGAGGCCCGCCUCAAGAAGGAAGCCGAGGAGAAGGCUGCUAAGGAGGCUGAGGAGAAGGCCAAGGCCGAGCGUGAGGCGGCCAAGAAGGCCAAGGAGGCGGCCAAGAACGCGGUCAAGAAGAACAAGCGCGUGCUGCGUGGCUCGGUCAAGGACGCCAACUACUUUGUUGAGGGUGACCCGUCCGCGGCGACCAUCGACGCCGUGCUGGGCGACGUUGAGCUCAUCCAGGGCAAGAUCGACGCCGACGAGAUCGCUGCUCUCGCUCAGAAGCUCAACGGCCUGAAGGUGGCUGACGAGAUCAAGGGCGUGUGGAAAGCCGAGGUGGAGCGCCUUGUUGGCGCGGGGAGACUCAAGGAGGGAGAGGUCAAGACGCUUGCUUCUUGAGGAGGGGGAUCUUCUUAGUUGCUGUAGAUCAGCGGUUCGCGAAGAUCAUGACUGGCCGGUGCUAAUCGAGGGCGUUUCAGCCAGUGAUUCUCAUGGACGGUGCUUGUUUGUGUGCUUUGUUGAAUGAUGAAAGUCUUCGAGCCGGUCCCGCUGCGAAGAGCGCGAGCCGAGUCCUU